CUGCGUGAGCAGCUGCUCUCAAGGGUGAAGCACAGCAGGAGUAAAACUUGAUCUGAACUCUCUGAGCAGCACCUCGAGAGCUCCCUGAGAACUGCUGAGAUGGCCAUCAAGCCCGAGUGACACCUUGGUUUGUGGGAAACCGAGGCAGCCCCUCUUCUGUGGGAGCAGCCCGGGCAAAAAAGGCUGGGCACCCACAGAUUAGCUGCUGUCUUCCCACGGAGGAAAUACACAGCCCUAAAUAGUGGAGUUCCUGGCAACCAUCGGCGUGUCGUUUAGCGCCCAUGCAGACCUGGAAAUUGCCUCUGCCAUUAGCAGCAGAGCAUUUGUGCCAAAAGCAGGCAGAGGACGUCUUUUUAAGCGGCUGGGUAGAAGCACAGGAAAGUCCUAGCAAACGCAGCCUCAUCAAGGUUCUGGUGUGUUUUGUGAGCAGAAGCGGAGCAGAGGGGCCACUCUCAAGCAAGUCACUGCUGUUGCCUGACUGCACAGCCCUCAGGCACUGCCCGCGUCUCCUCUCCCCUCCUGCUCUCUGCAGGAAUAUAUAUAUAUAUAUUCAGUGCUGGAAGUUCUCCCAGUGUGUAUGCAUGACAAGCUGGGACAUCCAGGAGCAGCGCAGACCCGUCGGACCAUGUUGACAUCACAGUCAUAGUGAGGCACUGUCACACUUUGUCACAGUGCCUGGGUGGACCCUCAGCCCCACAGGGCAACUGUGGGACCACUGCAGGUUUGUGAAGGUCGACUGCGGACACGCUUUCGUCCUAUCCGGACCAGCUAAGAUGCCAAACACUGACAAAGACAAGAAGCUACUCCACAAGCUGGGCUUCACGCUGGGGGAGACCUUAGGAGAGGGUGCGUUCUCCACGGUGAGGGCGGCCACCUCCCCCAAAUACACGGUCCCCCUAGCUAUCAAGAUGGUGGACAAGCGAAGGGCCUCUCCAGAAUUUGUGGAGAAGUUUCUGCCCCGGGAGCUCUCCAUCCUGCGUGAGCUGGAUCAUCCCAACAUCGUGCUCAUCUUUGAGAUCUUUGAGCUGACCAACAGUAUGGUCUACAUCGUGAUGGAGUCGGCAGCCUUCGACCUGCAGCAGCGGCUGCAGCAGCUGGGCAAGCUGCCCUGCGUCCCCGACGCCCGGGACAUCUUUGUGCAGGUGGUGGGGGCCGUGCACUGCCUCCAUGACCACAACAUCGUGCAUCGUGACCUCAAGUGUGAGAACAUACUGCUCAGUGCUGAUGGCCGCCAGGCCAAGAUUGCUGACUUUAGCCUCAGCAAGGAAAUGAGCAGCUACCCAGAAGUGAGCAGCACCUUCUGCGGAACAGAAGCCUACAUGGCCCCGGAGAUGUGGCUGCAUUACCCCCACGAUGCCAAGAAGUUGGACAUCUGGAGCCUGGGGGUGGUCCUUCUUGCCAUGGUGACUGGCAGCUUGCCCUUCCACGGCUGCCUCUGCAACACGAUCCAGCAUCAGAAGGAUGGGGUGCAGCACCUGAGGGGGGUGUCCGCGCUGCCGGAGCCCUGCCAGGCCCUCCUUGUCCAGCUGCUGCAGUUCUUACCAUCCUCCCGGCCCAGCGUGGAGCAGGUGGCCAGCAACAGCUGGCUGAAGGGGGACAUCUAA